AAAAAGAAUUUUCAACAGUAGCCCACCAACACCUACACCUGCUACCUAAAUAGUUCAGCAGGUAGACAUUCCAUAGCUCAAAUUACAGCGACCGACAUUUAACUGAAAACCAGUAAUCCUACUCUAACAUGCCCCACAUUCCCCCCUCAGUAACUGCUAUAGAGGACACGACAGAAUCUGCAGCCUGAUUACCCGGUGUAAGAGCGUCCUGAAUCUAGUGUAUUUGAAGGACAAAAGCAAGUAUUUUUCCAUCAUGAAGUUUGUCAUCUUGCUUUUGUGUCUACACAUCGCUCUCGUACUAUCACAAGGUGAAAAUAUCACUUGCUCUGUACCAAUCGUGGAGCCACUACAGGAUGCCGUUCUAACCUGCAAUUUCCCAGAGGACCUCAAUGUUACCAAAAAAGACUUUACAGUCUACCAUUACAAUAAAGGAGUAAAUUCAGAUGCUGUCCUCGACUGUUGGUGGCAUGGUGGUACUAUGAAGUGCUUUCAAAGCCCGAAUGUCCAGUAUAAUCAGAUCGUCAAUACAACACUCAGUUUAACAAUACGACGGGUGACUACAAACAAUACAGGCAAAUACGCUUGUCAGGUGGUUGGCUACGACCCGAGGUAUUUUAAAACCUGCGACUUAGAAGUUAAGACUGUAAAUAUAGAAACCACAGAAGCAGCUUAUAAGAGACUUUCUGCUUGGGAAAUUGUGGCGACCGUGGUAGGUCUACUGUUGGCGAUAGUACUUGGGGUCUUUAAACUAUUGUAUACAAGGCUACUAGAGAUCGAAAACGAAAGACAGAGACCGAACCAGGAGGAAAUAAACAAGAGAAUGUUUGAAGAAUAUUUGGGGAAAGGAGUAAUAAAUAUGUUUUACAACAUACUUGAGUCGGCAUAUUUUGUACCGCCAGUCUACUUAAACAAAACUCGAGAGAAACAACUGGAUGUGGCCGAUCAAACCGUCACCGUGCUCGAACCUCCUGACCCAUGUGACGUCAGACACGACCGAGCCAUGCAGCACGUCCUCAACUGUUUACAUGACGUGGCGAUCUCAGGAGAAGAACAAAUGUUUGUGCUCACCCAGUUUAAGUACACUGACUACCUGAAUAGUAUUCCCGAGCAGUUCAAAGGUCACCUGCUGCCUGUGUCUUCUCUUGUACACGAACACCAGCAAAACCGGAGUUUUGACUUCCUUAUCAUUCAUCGACGAUAUGGUGUGAUGGUUGGAGUUGUAAGAGAUUGUAGCAGUAAUGAUGACGAAGGUCAGCCUGACAAUGAUACAAUUAGGCUAAGCCAAGUAUCAGAGGCCACCGAACAAUUAAAUAUUGCUGAUAGAUUUCUCUCUGAAGUUAUGUCAGACAAAGAAAAUAUUCCCAAAGUUCGCAAGGUCUUGGUAUUUUUCGGCAUUGCACAGCCAACAGUCGAAAGUCUUCCUGACAUUAAUCAGAGCACAAAUGAUCUUCGGAUGCUAUAUCUCGAAAAUAUUCCUGAAUGUCUGCAACCUAAUUCCUGCCUUGUCAAGAAGUUUAAAGAAGAGUGGGAUAAACUGGCAACGGAAAGUCAAGACAUCUUUGCACUUAACGAUAAUCUGUACUUAUCGAUAAUAGGAAGAUUUUGUGGACCAGCAACUACGACUGUUCUUUCAAUGGAAACGAAAUCAUAUCAGUUGCCCAAGACCCUGGGUGACGCCGUGUCAUUAACAGGAGAUAUGUUUGAGCGAUCUUUUUUAUAUCCAAACAUGACAAAGUUACUAAAUGAGCGUUUUUUGUUCCUUGCUGGACCACCUGGAACAGGAAAAACGAGAAUGCUGGCACUGGUGGGAAGAAAAUGGGUUCUUGAGGGUCAUCCAGUGCACAUAAUUAGCACAUCGCCGGGGGGUGAACAAGUUGCAAAACAUCUACAGCAGCUAAUCUCCAAUAAAGUAUCUUCAGUACUUGAAGAAGUGUUUCAUCUAAAUCUCGACUUAGAAGACACUACUGAUGUCAGAAGAGGACUUGAUAUUAUUCAACAAAAUUCAAAGGAAGCCUACAUCAUUGCGGACGAGCUCAACUUUCAAAUGCAAAAAUACAGGAAAAGGAGGGAAAAUGUCGUGCUCCUCUUAACGGAGCUUCAUCGUCGUUUCCCCAAGCUUCACAUGUGGGGCGCUGGCUGCACAGACCUGGACCUCCAACCCAAAGUGCCAGACCUGCGGGUGGAGUUCCUCACAGAAUGCUUAACUUGUCCUCCUUCAGUUCUAAGAGAGGCGUGUGAGAGGACAUGUAUAUUCGGGGUUGGAAAACACACUGAAAAUCAGUGUUCUGUACCAACCAGUGGUCCACGAGUCAAGCACUUGUAUCACCAAGGUGAAGGGCAUUUUUUAAAACGUCCCCCAAGAAGGUGUACUUUUUGCUCGGUAAACAUAAUCACCUUUUUAACUACCGAUCUCCGCAACAAAGAUGAUUGCAACAUGGCAACAAGCAGAAAUGAAUUAAGAAGUAAGGAAGUCAUGAUGGAAACAUUUCAAAAAGCAACACCAUCCUGGACAGGAGGAUCCCCUCUGCAGUUGGACGAUAUUCUAGUUUUAUUUGAAUUUAGUGAUAGUAGUCCUUUUAAAAAGCCAGAUGUCGAAGAUGAUCACAGCUUUUUGAAAGGUCUGAGAGAGGCAGGUAUUGCAGUGCGCGCUGUCAGCACCGAUGGAAACAAAGUGGUUGCUAUGGACGACAGCAACACGGCGUGGGCGAUGCACAUUCGUCACAUGGAGACACUGAGAGUCAGAAGAAAAAUUAUUGUCUACGUGGAAACAGAAUGGUUCGAACCCACUAGAGAUGAGGAUGGUAUACCCAAUAAUUUAGCGAUUGGCUUGUCCAUUGGAUUGCCAAUUUUGUUUCUGCUUGUAGCUUGUGGGAUCUUCUUCUUACUGAGAAAUAAGGGAAAGAUUCGGUGUAUGAAUUUUACGCAGCCAGACACUGAAGAAGGCCAACAGAUGAUAAAUAUAGAAGAAACCACAAGGAUGUUUCAAGAGUAUCUGGAGGAGCAAGUCAAAAGAAUGUAUCCAAAUAUGCUUAAAUCUUACUAUUUCGUGCCUCCAGUCUACUUUAACAGGAUUCGCUACAAACCACAGUCAGUGGUCGGUCAAGUGGUUUACGUAUCUGACCCUUGUGACCCGAGUGAUGUCCAGCAGGACCGAGCCAUGCAGCACGUCCUGCACUGCUUACGUGCCUUGGCGGAAUAUGGAAAUGAAAGAAUGUUUGUCUUGACACAGUUCCAGUACGACGACUACUUAAACAACCCUGGACAUAAAUACGAACAACAUAGUCUUCCUGUGCCCUCUGGUCUUCAAAAUGUGGAAAAACAAGUCGCGUGCUUUGACCUGCUGAUCAUUCAUCGAGUAAAAGGAGUACUAGCUGGGGUGGUGAAAAGUGUCGGAAACAUAGAAAAUCAAGAGGAUGAAGAAACAACUGAUAAACGAAUUGCUUCACAAGUGACUGAAGCCGUACAACAACUUUUAAAGGCAGAACAAAUGUUAAAACAUCUCAUGCAAGAUGUCUGCUCGUUGACCAAGGUUGGCUUUACCUUGAUUCUACCCAAUCUGACCCGCUCAUCACUGAAACGUGCUGUGGAAAGGCAUGAGGAUGUGGUCGAGAGACUACGCGGCUGUCUAGGAGAAGAACCCACUAAACGUUGUUUGUGUGCUGAGGACCUGUCAGAUCCCAGGAAGCCUUGGUUUUUGGGACCAGCGACUCAGUCAACUUUGCAGGUUCCAGGGGAAUAUGAACAUUUCGUCUUACCCAAGACUCUAUCUCAAGCUAUCUCAUUGACUGGAGAUUUGUACGGCCACCUGGUGUUGCCCGCAGACACAACUGAGCUUUUGCAGCAACAAAAGUUAUUUCUUGUUGGACCCCCUAACAGCGGCAAAACUUCUAUGUUGACUCUUGCUGGAUGUCAGUGGCUGUCACAAGGCCAUGAUGUUUACAUUGUUAGCGAUAUCUCAUCCAAGUGUCAUCCUUUUCUUGCAAAUCAGAUAAAAUCAUUUAAAGAAUCACAAGAAAAAGAGAUGACUACUCAAUCAACAUUUGGUUGCACUCAAAACUUUCAAUGUGAUUUCUCCUCUGACAAGUCUAUGGAUCAAGGCAUCCAGACCAUAGUUAGUGAAGCAAAGGGAAAACGUCUUUGCGUCUUACUUGAUGGCGUGCAUCUUGAUGGAAAACGUGUCCAAACAUUCUGCGAAGCUCUAACUGCACAAGUUUCAGACCUUAAUUUAUGGGUCACAUGGAUUAGUUGUGAAUACAUGAUAGCAGGUUACACGAUGAUUCUAACCACAGCUCUUUCUCGUCCCCCGGCUGUGCUUAGAGAAGUGAAAGGAGCGGAGGUACUCGCUACCACAUAUGAAAAUCUUCAUCAAUACCCUACCUUUGGUCCAACAGUCAAGCACUUUUCUUUAAAGCGGUCCAGAAAAACACGAAAAGUUUUAUUAAAUGAUAGUGUAGAGUGUGGGAAAGAGGUUGGACAAUUUCUAACCAAACUACUAUUUACUGGAACAGAUGAUUGCAACAUGGCAAAAGGAAGCAGUGAAUUAAACAGUAAAGAAGUCGUGAUGGAAAAAUUUCAAGAAGCAACACCAUCCUGGACAGCAGCAUUGCCUCUGAAGUUGGGCGAUAUUCUGAUUUUAUUUGAAUUUAGUUUUGGUAAGCUUUUACAAAUACCAGAUGUCAAAGAUGAUCACAGCUUUUUGAAAGGUCUGAGAGAGGCAGGUAUUACAGUGCGCGCUGUCAGCACCGAUGGAAACGAAGUCGUUGCUAUGGACGACAGCAACACGGCAUGGGCGAUGCACUUUCGUCACAUGAAGACACUUAGAGUCAGGAAAAAAAUCCUUGUGUACGUGGAAACAGAUACUGAUGUAAAAGAUGUCGAAAAUAAGCUACGAGCACUCACAAGCUGUACAUCACAGUUGGUCUUGGUUCAUUCGAAACUAUCAUGAACAAGUUUAUUAAGCUUGUUAAAGCCUAAUGUCUAUAACCUGUCUGUCGGUCAACAAAAUAGAGAGCAUGUGUGUGUGUGUGUGUGAUAAUUUUCAGGUUUUCUAUAUGUAAGACCACGUCUCGUAUCCAAGAAGGCAGAUGGGAACUGUGACGAUUUUUUGCAGUCUGUAUUCAGUUUUAACUCUGAUAAUAUUGUAGCAAUAAUUUCUGGUCAUUGCUUCUGUCACACCUUCAAACCGUGUGUCGAGUUUUGCCAGGAAUCAUAUACUUUAUUUUUACCUCUGGUUUUACUCAUGGGUUUGCUCUGUACAAGUCUCCAAAAAGCCCUCCGUUAUCUUCGCCGCGUGAUUGACCAUAAAUAUUUCACGAGUAGUCAAGUGACAUUACAUCCGUGUUGCCGUGUUUGUCUCACCCUGGGUUUUUCAAUAAAGACACUUGUGCCGAGCUGGGUGAAGCAUUUCUGAAAAACUGAGGGUGGGCUGUUUACGAAAAAGUCCCCCGCUGAUUAAAAUAGAUGCAGCUAGUAAAUAUCUUCUACGUUUCCUGGAGUAUAUUUCUAAAACAUGCGAUACUAAAUUUUCAGUGACCAAAGCAUUAGCUGCACAUUCAUUUCUCAAUCCCGUGCAGUUCAGAACGACAUUUGUUAGUUUUAUGUUAGCUACUUUUAAUUCAAUCUUACUACAUUUAUAAGUCACCUAAUAAAAUCUUCGACAAUUUCCAUUAGUUUUUGAAAUGUGUAAGUAAUUGAAAUGAUUAAAAAAAUUGUGGC